GAAAAUUUUAGUGAUUCGGAAAUUAUCGUUUGCGAUGGAGUCAUAUUUUUGGAUAACAAAUAUUGAUAGUAACACUGUUGAGAAUUAUUCGAAAUUAUGUCAUUUUCCUGUCGUUUCUCAAUCCGGUCGUGUACAUUGCAGAAAACUUUCGAUCGUUUGACGAAAUUCGCUUGAGAAUUAUUGUCGCAAGGAAACAAGUCGAUUCGGGAGACAUCUUGUGAGUGAGGCGCAAGUUGCCUGUCUGAUUUUGUCUUUCACGUGAAAAGCAAGCAAAAUUGUGCGGUGCUAAAAAAGUCCGUAAUCAUGGACGUAUCGUGGGACGCAGAUAAUUUUGAGCCCAAACUUCCGACCACGUUGGCAACUUCCAAUAGAUGGGAGGGUGAGGACGAAGAAGAAAACGUCAAGGAAAGUUGGGAGGACGAGGAAGAAGAAAAAAAAGAUGAGGAGAAAAAAGAUGUGCCACCACCAGCCGCAAAGCCUAAAAAGAAAAUCCAAGAUAAAAUAGCUGAGAAAGAGCGUCUCGAGCGCGAGAAGGCAGAGCGUUUGGCCGCCGAGAAGGAAGAAGAAAUGACGCCGGAAGAAAAGCUGGCUGAAAAGCUACGCCGACAGAGGUUGCAGGAGGAGUCCGAUCUACGGCUCGCUAUGGAAACAUUUGGCGUAUCAGACGUAGGCGGCGGCAAGCUGGACAGCUUCCACCCGACCAACAAGGCGGAGUUUGCCGACUUCUGCGAGCUGCUCUGCAAAAAGAUCAACUAUUACAAGGCGAAGGACGAGUUCCCGGCCUUUGUGGACGACCUCGUCAAGAAUAUUGUUGUUCAAAUGGCCUCGGCAGACAUAAAAAGGAUAAAAAUGACAGUAGACAAUCUAUACAUUGAGAAGCAGAAAGCUGAGAAGAACGAUAAGUCAAAGAAGCCCAACAAAGGCAAGGGCAAGGCGAAAUUAAAAGUUGAAGGAGAUAAUGCCCAUCUCAACCAGUACGAUGCGUAUGGAAACUUUGACGACGAUUUCGAUGACUUCAUGUGAUCAUCUCACACAUAAACACACACACACACGCCUGCUCUAUGACAAGCAUACAUACAUAAUUAUAUAUCAAUAAAUAUAGUUGGCUGGUCCGCAAUGUUUUAUGUUUGUUGAACGUUUCUGUGACAGUUAUGAGUUAAAUAUAUUUUUUAACUAGCGGUCCGCCCGGCUUCGCCCGUGGUACAUAUUCACGUUUUCUCUACAUAAGAACCAUCCUCGUACUUCAAGGAAUAUAAUAAAAAAAAUAAUUAAAGAAAUUGGUUCAGUUGUUCUAAAGUUAUGCGCUUACCAACACAUUUUGGUAUUCGUUUUUAUAUUAUAGAUUUCACUUUUAAUGGGGGAUUUUGGUAGGAAUUUUAAAUGUUUUUUUUUUUUAAUUCGCUUAGAUUUAUGAUGUUUUCGAGUGCUACAGAUACAGACAUGCAAAUUUUGUGUUAAUAUCUUGCGAGAGUAUACAUAAUAACAUAUAUUACGAUCGGUAUGUAUGUGCUUUUAUUUUCUUGCCUACUUUACGAUUUAAUUCAUUAAUUUAUUUAGGGACGAUUUUUCAAUCAUUGGUUUAAACUUACCCGUCCAUUAUAGUAUACACGAUAACAUUAAAAUGUCACGAAAAUGUCACGCCCACGAGCAACUUUGUCUCCGCAACUAUUUUGUCUCUCCCAC